AACUUAUCUACUGUCACGAGUCUGUUGCAACAUAACCUAAAUUUUUUUAACAAUCGGUCGGACCGAUAAGUGUAUGUUGAAUUGGUGUUUGCGUUUAUCGACGAUUGAAGCAUUAGCAUUGCACGCUGCACUCGAUUGUGUUGGUUCGUUUGCUGUCAAGAACUAGUUUGUUUUGAAGUGUUGUUCAAAUUAUCACAAUGGUGGCAGUUGGAAUUAUACGCCACUUAUUGCAGCGGGUCUCCGUUAGGAGUCUUCAAGAAGCAGCGUUGACAGAGCGCUGUAUUGUCGUAAAUAACCAUGAUAAGGUUAUAGGAGGUGCCAGCAAAGGAGACUGUCAUCGCGUGCAGCCCGAUGGGGGCCUUAUUCUACACAGAGCAUUCAGCGUGUUCCUGUUCAACUCAAAAAAUGAGCUACUUAUCCAGAAGCGUUCUCCUCAGAAAUUAACAUUCCCAAAUUGCGUCACCAACACUUGCUGUAGCCACCCGUUGCAUGAGAUAGCGGCAGAGGUGGUGGAAGCUGACGUUCUAGGGGUGCGUCGAGCAGCGGGACGCCGUCUGAAUUACGAGUUGGGAAUCCCCCUGGAGCAGGCAACUCCAGAGAAAUUCCAGUACCUCACUCGGAUACAUUACUGCGACCCUGGCGAUGGAAAAUGGGGCGAACAUGAGAUUGACUACAUAUUGGUGCUGCACGGCGAUGUCACUCUCAUUCCAAAUCCUGAUGAGGUGAGUGAAGUGCAGUACGUGGCACGUGACAGACUGGACACCUUCCUCGAGAGCCAGUCGACACAAUUAACACCGUGGUUUCGUCUCAUCGCGCAGCACUACCUCCGACUCUGGUGGGACAACCUCCAUCAACUUCACAAGUUUCAGGAUCACACAACGAUCCACAGAUUUUGAUGAUGAACGCUAAUCUGCGUUCUUUGAGAAGGGGCAGCACGUACAAGUAUUGCCAUGUUACCAACAUAGCUUUAAAUAACACAGCACAAUACUUUCUUACGUGUAAUUUGUCAAGUGUACCUGCACAUCUAUCGAAGUCUGAAAUUUGCACCGCCUAUUCAUCUAUCAAAUUCUGAAACUUGUACUGCUUUUAGAACUUUGAAAAAGCACGAAGAAAGAUCUAAAGAAAUUUCCCACAUUAUCGCAGCAGUAGCAGUCUUAAAAAAUUCCAUACGAUAGAAAAAUAUUACAAAUUUGAAGUGCCCCCCCUCCCUCCCAUGGAAUCAGUGCCAAAAGUUGUAUGUCUUAAACCACGUGUUUUAAUGGUAAAGUUGGUAAUUUUGUUUAUAACUCGAGUGAAAUGAUAUUGCGGUAAAAUAUUCCGUAAUGUAGGGACUUGGCGUCCUCGCUGUAAGACGCUCGACUGUCCUUCCGAGGGCAGCAUGUUAGAAUGAAAACUUCACCUGUGCCAAAGACAAAACUCUAUUGGAGGAGGUCAUUUUUGACCCAGAAUUUUUGUUGUUCUUCAUUAAUAAUGAUGUGGAUCCAUGACAUUUUUGCACAAUCAUUUUAUGGCAGACGACAAAUGCAUACACGCAGGGAAAAAAGUAUGCCACGAAGACUGCGUAACAUGAAAGAAGAAUGUCAAUUUAUUGACACUUUUAAGAACUGCAUGUCAAAUUUUAACCACGUACAUAUAUCAGGCCCUCUUGGUACGGAACCCAAGUUCAACUGUACCUUCUACAUGCCAGCCAUCAACUUUACGAACACCUUAUAAACAGGCGUAAAUGUGUGCCUUAUAUUCAUGUCUCACAUAAUAAAUAUAUUUAUUAAUUACUGAAAAAAAAUUUCAGGACAGUCGGUUGUCACUUCGUGAAGAUUCGUGUUACAAAAUUUAACUCGUAUGAAUCGCGUGCUCUCCGCUUGGCUUGUCUUCCGAACACGAACUUCCUCGUGCGGAAACUUUAGAUGAAAAUCAAACGUGCUAACAGGAAUGCAAACCAAGGACACAACAUCACCCGGUCAGUCGGUGAAACCGGGAGACAUGGACGAGUCAUCAGUCUGCCUAAAGCGGCCCAUCCAUGUACGAGUCUGGCUCGGCGAGCUUUGCUCUGUGCUUUGGUGUGCAUCUUGUGAAAUAGUUUUCUGCAUUCUCUAAUAGCACACAUAAUAAUGUUUCCUUGCUCUUUAUGUUUCAUUUCAGGAAAUAAAAUUGCCAAUUUCUAAUUUUUUAGUCAUUCAGAAACAUAACCCCCCCGAGUUAUAACUUUGCACUUAUGGGAAAUGGCAACUUGCUUUACGAACUGUCUCCAGGAACGUAAUUGUAAGAGUGGGGUCUGCCUGCUUAUACUUGAGAAUGCAUUUUUACAAUUUUUAUUCUCUAAAUAACAUAUUUAACCAUGAAUUUAAAAUUGAAAAGCAUUUUGCUGUGGUGGUGGUUGAACUGACGCUAACCGGCAUGCAAACGCAUAUUACAAUUAACACACACUUCAGACGAAGUCACUAUGAAAUCUGAGUUGCAUUGUGACUCUGUAUCAUAAGAGCACCUGUUUAUCCGUGUGGUUUUUACGUGGCUCCGAGCCGUAACUACAACUAUGUUUAUUGGAAUUUUGUAUGCAAGUAAUUCACAAACUCUGAACGAAUGUAGGAGCCUAUAUAAUUGUCACAUUCCAGUCCUCAAACUGUUCAUCGCCAGUGACCCUAAAGUGUUUUUUUUAGUAACUAGUUCCUCGUGUAAAACAUGACAUUUUUCUUGAUUUUUUUUUCUUUAUGAAAGAUUAAAUUAAUUUGUUGAGCAAACUGAAUUAUUAUGCUCUCUAAAUAGUAAUCUAGACACGUAGAAACACUAUCAAAGAAUCUCACUUUGAGAAUACAGUUUGAGAACUCCUGUUACACGCCAAAUAUAAAUAUCUCAUUUAAGAUCUUAAAAAAGAAGUUUGUAUCUGUGUACAGAUUGUAAAAUUCUGUAGAAUUUACUGAAAUAAAAUAACCUGAAUUUCAGAAUA